AUGACAGGGUCAUUGGGACUGUUUCUGUUGAUCAGUCGGAUGAGACCGUGGCCUUCUUCUCUUUACGGCUGGAGGUGGUGUUUCGAGGUCAACCGCUUCACCGUUCCCCCGAUCUGCGCGGGAUGUCACGUACGAGUACUACUCAGUACUUCGAGCAACGGCGGGCUGAGGCAGCGGGCGUGCACGAUCCGGUCCCUGGCCAGCCGCACAUUUCGGUGUCACACCGACCACUUGUCAGCAAAGGAACGACUGGCCCAGAUGCAGGCUUGGUCUGCAUGGAAAACCGAGAGGACAUUCUAG